AUGUAUUGUUUGUUAUUCCAGGCCCCUAAAAUCCAGAGGCUAGUGACGCCCGUGGUGCUGCAGCGCAGACGCCACCGCCUGGCGCUCAAGAAGAAGCGCCUCGUCAAGCGCAAGGCCGCCGAGGCCGACUACGCCAAACUGCUCGCUCAGAGGAAGAAGGAAUCCAAGGUCCGCCGCCAAGAGGAACUCAGACGCAGGCGCUCAGCUUCGAUGCGCGACUCCAAGAGCUCCGACAAGAGUGCUCCCCAAAAGUGAUCAACUCAAAACUAAUAAAAAAAAUGUAAAACCUUAA